AUGGCGGACGUUCAAUCCAUAUCGCCGCAAGAUACUGCUCUAGCAAACUCACACAUCCGCGAGUCUGCAAAGCGCACACGACAAAUCUUCACCGCAGACUUCGGUCUCCCCUUCUCCCUUGCCGACACACCCUUGGAAGACGACGCCAGUCACAAAUCCCUCGUCACCUCUAAAAUCCGCUCCGAGUACGACGAUGUUAGAGAAUUACCUCCUGCCCUCGCCGCAAAACAGGCUGCAGCUGCUUCUGCCCGUAAAGGUGCCAAGAAACAGAAAUUACAACCGAAGGUUACAGACGACGAUGGGAAGGCGGCUGUAGCACCCACAAAGUUGAUUGAAGGAAUCCCGGCCAAGGUUUCUGAUGUACCUACAGGGGCAUCGCAGGCGCUUACGCUGCGAAGACCUGGCGUAGGCGGUGCUGGGCCCAGUGGUGCAAAGGGGACAGCGCAGAGGAACCUGCCGUCGGAAACGGGAAUGAUCAGACGAGACGCUGCGGAGCAGGUCAAACCUGUUUGGCACGCACCGUGGAAGUUGAUGAGGGUCAUAUCUGGCCACUUGGGAUGGGUGCGGUCGAUAGAAGUCGAACCGAACAACCAGUGGUUCUGCACAGGUGCUGGGGACCGGACGAUCAAGAUCUGGGAUCUUGCAAGCGGCUCGUUACGACUUACACUUACCGGACACAUCUCAACAGUAAGAGGGCUAGCGGUAUCCCCGAGACAUCCAUAUUUAUUCUCCUGUGCAGAGGAUAAAAUGGUUAAGUGCUGGGAUCUGGAGCAAAAUAAGGUCAUACGGCACUACCACGGUCAUCUCUCGGGCGUCUACGCGCUGGCAUUGCAUCCUAAUUUAGAUGUCUUGGUGACGACGGGGCGGGAUGCCGUUGCUAGGGUAUGGGAUAUGAGGACGCGUGCAUCAGUGAUGGUGCUUACGGGGCACAAGGGCACUGUUGGGGCGGUCAGGACGCAGGAAGCGGAUCCUCAGGUCAUUACUGGGUCUAUGGAUUCUACUAUUCGUCUGUGGGAUCUAGCAGCAGCGAAGACCAUGGCGGUGCUUACGCAUCACAAGAAGGCGGUGCGGACGUUGGCUAUCCAUCCUAAAGAGUUUACGUUCGCAAGUGGUAGUGCGGAUAAUAUCAAACAAUGGAAGUGUCCUGAGGGUGCCUUCAUGCAAAACUUUGAGGGGAACAAGGGAAUCGUGAAUACGUUGAGUGUGAACGAAGAUGACGUUAUGUUUGCUGGAAGUGACAACGGCGAGAUUGGGUUUUAUGACUGGAAGAGUGGGUAUAAGUUUCAAGGAUUGGAGACGAUUGCACAGCCUGGUUCUUUGGAGGCGGAACAGGGCGUUUUUACGAGUACGUUUGAUAAAACUGGGUUAAGGUUGAUCACUGGCGAGGCGGAUAAGACGAUCAAGAUCUGGAAGCAGGACGAGGAUGCGACGGAAGAGACACAUCCUCUUGAUUGGAAACCAUCGCUGUUGAGAAGACGGUAUUAG